UUCCGGUUGAUUUGAUCGAUCAACAAGCCCAUACUCCCUGUGACAGGACAAUCACUCAUUAUCACAAUAAUGGACUGAGAAACUACCCCAAACCGGCCACUUUUAGGCAACAGUUACGUAUUUCGCUCGAGCGGGUCUGCCAUCGCCAACUGUUCGCAGCCAGCUAUAAGAAUGCUCAUCAUCCUCUUCUGUUUUCCUCGGCUCAGUCCAGUCCUCUCUGUUCAGAUAUAGCCACCAAUCGUGAAACUCUCUACCCUUUUGCCCGUCUUCCUUGCUGGGUCAACCCUUGCAGUUGUUGAAAAUAUCAACCUUUCAAACGAUCCAGUGCAUAAUUGCGGUUCGAUCUGGUCCUUUCCCGGCCCUGAUAAUGACUGACAACGUCAUAGGCGGCACCACGCAAUACUCGAAAGCGGAUAUCCAGCGAGCUGCCGAGGCUGCACUGCGACACCACAAUGCAGGAACAACAGUUGGAGAUGGGAACUAUCCGCAUCAUUUUGGAAAUUUUAAUAAUCAGGUUCCCCUCGUUGCCAACUGUGCUGGGCUUGAUUUGGAAGAAUUCCCCCUCGUGAAAUCUGUCGCGUAUCCUGGCGGUACUCCAGCGGCUCCGCGGGUUGCUGUCAGCUACAGUGGCGCGAACACUGUGCGUCUCUGCGCUGUCAUGGCCCAUAAAAGAGGCAACGUGUUUUAUAGAUGUGAUUGGACAAACGACUUACGGUUUGAAUUGUAACAAUAAUAUUCUACUGUCUACAGCCAAAGAGAAAUAAUAGGCUAGGCCGUGGUGUACAUCUUUGCUGGUCGCAGUGGGCUCUCUUUAGGGAUGACGUAGUCGAGUGCAGAAUAUCCACCCCGAAAGCGGAAUAUGUCUUCCGCUGCAAGCAACCCCCGAAUCGAUGGGCAUAUUUGAUACAGUUCUGUCCAAUAAAAGUGUGGUGACGAAGUCUCGAGUGUAUACUUUACUUCAAAGCAGACCAGGGGUUCAAAGUAUAAAGAGCCAACUGCCUCUCAUUCAUCAACAAGUUGUAUAUAUCUUCCUACUGCCAGUGACUAUACCCAACAUGUCCCACUUACAAUACUACUCCUAUCCAGGUUUCGGCGACUCAGCCAAAACCAACUUCCGCUACAACCAAGCAGUUCGUGUCGGCGAUCGAAUCGAAUGCUCCGGCCAAGGCAAGCCCCCCUC